AUGGGACUGCAACUCUGGAUACCGUUAUCGUUUGUUGCUUUGUGGUCGUUGAGCGUCAGUGCAGAAAACAAGACUUAUUUGCUACCCUAUUCAACAGCUAUUCGAAGGAGCAAUCAGAGACCUGAAUCAGCGGAAGCGGAUUCUACUAGUGCAGAAAAUCGAGAAUUUCCUACCCAGAAUCGUGAAAUACGGAGAUCAUUUUUCACUCCGUCUCGUGCCUACCAUCAACUGAACGCGCAAGAAGUCUCAGCCGCACUUCAGCCUGAAAGUUCCACACUUCAUAAUCUGCCUCCACUUCAAAUUCCAGAAACUAUGGGAACAAUGAGUGUGCAGUUCACUGAAGUUAGAACCGUCAAUGAUGAAACUGAGUACCUCUGUCGUUUCAACUAUCCCACGGCCAUGGAAGCUCUCGCACUAGUAUAUGGAUGGACGGGGAAACGAAAUAAUGUUGCCCAACAGGCGCAUCAGCAACGCAGUGACAUGCAAAAUCUGAACAAAGAAAGUACUGCCGGAACCUUUAACGCACAGGAAGCAGCUAAUGAGUCUUCAAAGAGGCUGCGAACAAACAUCCUACAAUCCAUACUUUCCGGAAGAUACGGUGAAAUGGAAAAUGUCGAAGCUAUGCAACAACAAGGCUCCCAAAGAAUUCGUGUUGAAGAUUCCGGCAUGUUAUCAUCGGCAAUGAUGGAGCCUGGAAGUUCUAGAGCUGAAGUGGAAGUGCAACCAGGACCAUCCCGAAUAGCUACGGUAGCAGUUCCUGGACCGUCUACAAUCGUUGGUGUGAGUUUGACAAAUUCGGAGGGCAAACAAUAUCAGUGUCAAUAUUGCGAUAAACGCUACAAGACCAAAGGCAUGUACAAAAACCACGUCCUCAGCAUACAUUUUGGACAACCAAUCUACCUUUGCGGCAAAGCAGGAUGCACUCAAGUCUUUCAUACUGUGAAGGAACGCGAUCAGUAA